AUCUGGAAUCGUUCGAAUUGCCGGAGUAUUACCGUCGUCCCCAACAAUCUUAAGUUCGAAUCAUGGUUAACACGAGACAAACUUCUCGGUUUCGUAGGCGAUUUUAUAGUUCCGGAGGAUUGUUGGCGGGUUCUUCUGGAGCACUGCCACCGCCACCACCACCACCUUCUCGUCUUCCGGAACCGGUGGACGCACCCCCACUUUUUCCAGAGAUUGAUAUAACUCUGGAGGAGGUAGAGAAAAUUUUAAAUUCCUUCGAAACUCGCGAGGUCCCGCUAAUCGAUUCCGAAUUUGACGGGGCGUUAUGGUUCGGGAUUAACGAUAAAGAGUUGAGGAAAAAAAUUACAGCAAUAAUAACGUCCAAUUUUCCUCAAUUCAACUACUGUUGGACGGUGGUACCAGACAACAUCAAACGUUCUUGGUGGCAUUCGUUCAUCUACACCGAUAAAGUUUACAAAAAGUUCAACCAGCUGGGUAUGCAGCGGUUGAAACAAAUGAUGAACAAUGUCAAACGUCGUCAUCAGCUGCAUGGACUGCCACCGGAGUGGGCAACAAAUGACUUGUACCAGCAGCUUGUUACGCAUUGGAACUCAGACCAUUUCAAGAACAAGAGUUCCAAGGCGAAACAAAGUCAUCUGGCUCAAAAAAUCGAGGGUGAUGGCCCUCAUCGUCAUACUUCCAGUGCUAAAUCAUUCAAGAAGAGGCAAAAAGAGAUGGUGUUUAUUUAA